CUUCCCAGCCCGGCGCCGCAGUCCCCCCGCCGGGCGCCGCAGCCAUGAACCCGUUAUUCGGGCCCAACCUCUUCUUCCUUCCGCAGGCGGAGCAGGACUCUCCCUUCGGGCUCUUUCCGGGCGGAAGGCUCGAGGACGAGGAGGCCGAGGAGGGGCCGGAGCUGGGCCCGGGCUUCGGGGAGCCUCCGUCCUCCUCCGCCAUGGCGCUCCGCAACGACCUGGGCUCCAACAUCAACGUGCUCAAGACCCUCAACCUGCGCUUCCGCUGCUUCCUGGCCAAAGUGCACGAGCUGGAGCGCCGCAAUCGGCAGCUGGAGAAGCAGCUCCAACAGGCCCUCGAGAAAGGAGGAGGAGGAGGAGGCAAUGGAGCGCGGCGCAACAGCAUCUCCCGCCGCGAUCAAGGCGUCCAGACGGGCUUCGUGGGGCCCAUCCGCCCGCUGGGGCUACCCUUGGCGGGAAGCAUCACACCACGGGUGCUAGGCUCGCCUAACCUGAACCCCAACCCCGUGCGGAGCUUAGCCUCCCCCGGGUACCACCCGGGGGCCCCGCUGGCGCCCAGCAGCAGCAUCGCCUCUCCGUCUUCCUCGUCGUCGUCCGCCUCGACGCGCUUCUUGCCGGGCACCAUCUGGUCCUUCUCGCAGCCGCGCCGCCUGGGGCCCGGGCCGGAGACCACGCUGGUGCAAGGGCCCGGCGUCUCCUGGCUCCACCCGGACGGCGUCGGCGUCCAGAUCGACACCAUCACGCCCGAGAUCCGCGCCCUCUACAACGUCCUGGCCAAAGUCAAGCGGGAGCGCGACGAGUACAAGCGCCGGUGGGAAGAGGAGUACACCUUGCGGGUUCAGCUCCAGGACCGAGUGGCCGAGCUGAAUGAGGAAGCUCAGGAGUCGGAGGCUUGUCAGGAGGAGCUGGCAAUGAAGGUGGAACAACUGAAGGCUGAGCUGGUUGUUUUCAAGGGGUUGAUGAGUAAUAACCUUACUGAGCUGGAUACCAAAAUUCAAGAGAAAGCCAUGAAAGUGGACAUGGACAUCUGUCGGCGUAUAGACAUUACGGCUAAGCUGUGCGAUGUGGCCCAGCAGCGCAACUGUGAGGACAUGAUCAAAAUGUUUCAGUCUCUGCACUUAUCUCCCAUUAAGGUCCCAAGCACAAUGGGCCGGAAGCGAGAGCGAAAGCUGGUCAGUGAUGAAGACACCUCCCUGUCUGAGAGCGAUGCCUCCAAAAAACCAGAAGAGGAAGAGGAGGAUGAGACCACAGCCAUGAGCAUCAAUGAAGAGAUGCAAAGGAUGCUCAACCAGCUGAGGGAGUAUGACUUUGAAGAUGACUGUGACAGCCUCACCUGGGAGGAGACGGAGGAAACGCUGCUGCUGUGGGAGGACUUCUCUGGCUACGCGAUUGCUGCAGCCGAGGCCCAGGGAGAGCAGUCGGAUGACAGUUUGGAGAAGGUGAUCAAGGACACCGAGUCACUCUUCAAGAGCAGAGAGAAGGAAUAUCAAGAAACCAUCGGCCAAAUUGAGCUGGAAUUGGCAACAGCAAAGAAUGACAUGAACCGACAUCUUCACGAGUACAUGGAGAUGUGUAGCAUGAAGCGUGGGCUGGAUGUGCAGAUGGAGACCUGUCGCCGGCUCAUCACACAGUCUGGAGAUAGAUUCGUGGGAGUUGUGUUUCGUGCCAUGUGUCUCUAGAAGGUGAUGCAGUUUUGAGAGAUGUGAUCGCAGUUGAAAGAACCUCCAUCCUCCGGACAAAAGAAGCAUCGCUGACCUGCUGGGCUUUUGCACUAGCUUAUGGGACAAUGAAUUCAGUGCAGCACUGGGCUGGGUGAAUGUUCACCCUGCCCCGCUCCUCACCCUCAUGCAACCCCAGACUUGGCCAGAUCCCACAGAUACUCCCUUUGCCCCCUCAGACUGUCUCUGUGCCCGCCAACAGGCUUUCAGUGUAGCUGCCAAGCAAGCAAUGCUUGCUACCUUCCAGCAGUGUUCUGCUAUAGGGUGCUUAGUGUACUUUCUCAAGCUCUGUGGUUUCUCUGCCCUGUGAGCCUUGUGUCUCCCCUUCCUGAUGGAUGCCCCUCUCCUGCAGACCUAGUGCCCAUGUGACCCCCGCCCUCUUUUUCUUUCAGAAAAUCUCCUGCUUUCACUCCGGUACCGAACAGUGAAUCGGCCCCAAACGAGGAAGCGGAGGCGUCCAAUCACAACCUCCCAAAUGAUGCCUCCAUAAGAUAAUGGGGGAGGUCCUGCCCAAUCUACAUCUCCCGCCUCCUGGGUCAGGAGUGGGCAUGUGGCUGUGAGGAGCCCACAUCCUCGCUAUGGCCAUGAGGGGCAGAAGGGGACAAAGAGCCACUGCAGGCGUUUUGCCAUGCCAAAUCCCUCCACCCUUGGAGGUGGAGCUAGAGAAAGAGGCCCAGGGGAACCUGGUCUCCCGGGACUUCUUUUUUCUCUCUCUCUUUCCUUGCCUCCCUGGUUUUUACCUCCCACCUCCCCCAUACUUUUUUAUGGGAUUUAGUGGGGAGGCUCCCGCCUUAUUGUAGCUGCUCCUCCCUAGGGUUUGCCUUACGAUGCCCCCAACCCAUUGUGGCUUCCUAGUAGAUGUAACUCUUUCCUCCUCACACUGCCUACAUGCAGAACUGGAACGGUUUACCUCUGCAAAACUUGAACCUUCUUUCGGUGCCAAGUGGGCUUGAAGGCUGGACUCUGUGAUUUCUGCCUGCUUAUUAGAUGACUUGUGUCAAUGCUCCCUGCCCGGACCACAUCGUACACACCACGGUGAGAGCCUCUCCUUGUGGGGAAGAAGAACAAGCUGACCAUUUCCUACACCUCAGCUGUCUCCCCGCGUUUUGCUUAGUUGUGCACCUAAAUCACAGAAAAGUCCUAUGUGAUGUGCUAUGUCUGGAAAUGAGAACAUUAAAGAGAGAAAAAAUCUUUUUCUACA